AUGGACUCCAGGACCAGGACCAGGACCAGGAUGGGCCUCAGACCUUCAGCGUUCAGACUCAUGCUCUCUGUGACCCUGCUGUUGACUGGAACGCUGGUUUCCAUGGUGACGUCCAGCUCACCUGUUGCAGGUGUGUUGGACUUCAACAGAACGAAGGAGUCUUCGUCACCAUCCUCCCUCUCCUCUUCUCCAAGACCCUCGCCCACCAGCCCCCCCCCAGACUCUGGUGACCAUGUUAACAGUGGUGUUGCAGGUUUGGCUGAGGCCUCGGACUCUGGAGCUCAGGGGAUCCACCUCCUCCUGAGACCCCCGGACCUCCUUUCCCCAAGCCAUCCCCCACCCCUCCCCCCUCACAGCCAGCCCACACUCACGCCCCCCCCGCCCUGGGUGCAGGGCCCGGCCCUGGAGGAGGCCUGGGGCUCCGGAGACUACCUGGAGACUCUGUCCUUCAUUGUGCCUGACGGUGAGGAGCUGGCUCUGGCCACGUCUUUACCCAGCCACCCCUAUGAAGAUGACACCGGUGGGGACUGGGUCUCCUAUGACACCGCCUUCCCCACCCGUCCCACACUGUCACUAUCCACCCCCCUUCCCCUCUCCCCCUCUACCUCCACCUCCAGCAUUUUGCUUCACACCCACCCAUCCCACCCAGACGUCUUCCCCGCCUGGGACGAGGACUACGACCUGGAGGACAUGACGCCACUGGAGCCGACGGAGCUGCUGCUUCCGGACAUGAACAGUCUGGAGUACUACACCAACCUGCUGGUGAAAGAGAGAGAGAAAGAGAGAGAGAGGGAGAGACAGAGGGAGAGAGACCAGGAGCAAGUAAACCAGUCCGGCUCCAAAACUUCCAUCUCUCCUACAACAACACAACCUCCCCCUCUCUCUCCGAGCUCCGCCUCUCCUCCAGGACAGGGCCCCACUAGUCCUCAGCCGGGGCCAACCCCCCCCCUUAAUCUCUCACCUGUUCUGCCGAUGUCCCCCAACACACCCUCUACCCCUAUGUCUCCAAAACCUACAGACAACAUUCAGGGUCAAUACCCCCCCCGGCCUCCCUCUAACACCACCAGCCGGGUGCCUCCCCCUCCCCCGCUGGGUCCGCCCACCCGCCCCGAAAGGCCGGAGCGCCUGCCGGCGGUCACAGAGACGCCGGUGAAGGAUCCGCCUACCAAGACCACCAAGGCGAGCACCACCUCCAUCACCACCACCACCGCUCCCCCUGUCACCACACCGAGGGCGGCCCAGCCCCCCCCCAGCAGGCAGUACCUGUGCAAUGUGACCAAACCAGAGAUGUACUUGGUCAGAGUAGUCAGCUCCAGAGGCUCAUCGGCUGGUUUCAGUCAGGUCCGAGAUCUUCUGAGGAGAGAGUUCAACCGCUCAGUGGAGCUGCAGUUCCUGAGAACGCCGUCCAGUUUCGCCUUUCGUGUCGUAUCGGGACCGUUGAUCUUCACUGCCAUGGCCGUCAUCAAUGCCCUGCGCCAACCGCCACGCUCCUUUGGCCCCGUUCCCACCGUGUCACUGCUCUACACCGUACCUGACCUCAGGUAUCAGAUCCACUCUGUGCUGCAGUUUGUCCCCACCCACGUCGACGUCCGAUUCUGUAACUUCAGUGAACGUGUAGAGAGAGGGCUGAUGCUGGCAUACGCUGAGACACGUAGACGGUCACAUGAGGCGGGAGCCAUAACUGUACAGCUGCUGAAUGUCUCCAUGAGCAUGUCCCGGCUUUCAGUCGAGCAGACGGUUCCCGUCGAUGUCACAUUUGCAGUGCGUGAUGGAUGGGGCUACCUUCUGGGGUCAGAGGUCAGCGGACACCUGAGGAAGCUCAGCCUGGUUGAGUUCAGCUUCUUCAUGGGAUUUCCUGCUCUGCAGAUCGCAGAACCGUUUCACUACCCUGAGCUGAACACGUCUCAUCAACUGCGCUUCACCUGGGUCCGAACAGUGCUACUGGGCGUUCAGGAGCAGCAGGUGACGGAGAGAAGUUUUAAAGCUCGUCUGGAGCGUCGUUUGGCUCAGCUGCUGGAGGAGGGGCUGCAGGAGUCCAGCAGGAGGCGGAGGAGAGCCACAGCUGUGGGCAACAACAGUCUGCAGGUGGUGCGUGUGGCGAGGCUGUCAGGCUCAGAGCGCCCCCUGGAGGUCAUGUAUUUUGUGGAGGGUCAGAACGGUGAGCGAAUCCCUGCGGAGAAAACUGCCGCCACCUUGAACCGCCUUGACCUUCAGAGGGCCGCCAUCGUCCUCGGACACCGAGUCCAAAGACCUCUGGCCCAACCAAUGGAGACCCUGUCUGUCCCUCCGGCGGAGACUCAGAGCAGCAGUAUCUUGCUGAUCGUGGGCGUGGUUGUCCCCGUGCUGCUCGCUGUUUUCAUCAUCAUCAUCCUCUACUGGAAACUGUGCGGCUCAGAGAAACUCGAGUUCCAGCCGGACGCCAUCAACACCAUCCAGCAGAGGCAGAAGCUUCAGGCUCCGAGCGUCAAAGGCUUUGACUUCGCCAAACUCCACCUGGGUCAGCACAGUAAAGACGACAUCAUGGUGAUCCAGGAGCCCGGGCCACUGCCUGCCCCUGUCAAAGAGGCCACGCCCCCCAAUGGCGGAGACCUCAACACCCCCAAAUCUAAAGGCUCGUCCACUAAGGGACGGUCGGGCCGCCGUAGGGGGAGACUCAGCCCGUCAGACGGUGACUCGUUAGGCAGCGACCAAUCCAGUGGCAGAGAGUCAGCAGAGGAGAGCACUCGACCUGUGGCCACGCCCAGUGAGGGGAAACAGCACAGGAAGACGCCCAAAAAUGGUCAGAGACACGCAGGUGUGUCCGGCAGCGGUCCAGACGAGCCUCUGUCCUCGUCGUCCAUCUUUGACCACGUGGACCGUCUUUCUCGAGGCUCGUCUGACGGCACUCGUCGACAGGCCAACAAGGUGCAGCUGAUCGCCAUGCAGCCUCGACCGAGUCUGCAGCCGACGCAUGCCCCGCCCCAUCCAAGCCCGACGCUUACGGAGAAGGUCAACACAGAGGUGGAGCUGAGAUACAAGUCAGAGAUCGAACAUCACAGGAACAAACUCCGGCAGCGUGCUAAGAGGCGGGGUCAGUGUGACUUUCCCUCCAUGGACGACAUCAUGGAUGCCUUCGGAGACGGGCCGGUGCAGAGCGAGGUUGCACAGCGACUCUACAGCUCCGCCCACGACCACAUGGAUUGUAUUCUGAAGGCCGACGCCCCCUCACCCCCGACCCCCACCGACUCCAGGAAGAGGGGGAGGCGCUCUCCUCGGGGUCGCCGUGCUCAACCAGGACCUGGAAGUCUUCCUGAUACCGACAGAGAUCGGCUUCUUACCGAUCAGAGCGCCACCUAUAGGAAGUACCCAGGACUCAACAACGUGGCCUACAUGUCCGACCCUGACCUGCCCCCAGAUCAUGGCAGUCCGUCUCCUACGGACGAGGUGUUUGACCCGGCUCCACCCCCCUACAUGCCCCCACAGCCAUCCAUUGAGGAGGCCCGGCAGCAGAUGCACUCUCUUCUGGAUGACGCCUUCGCUCUGGUCUCACCGUCCUCGCAGGGCAGCGCCGGGGUGAGCGGGAUAAGCCCUGCCCUGCCCAGCCCCUCCCCUCAGGUCCGUCCCCCGGGCAGACAAUGGGGUUCCUACCCAGCAGCCCCCUCUCACAGCCCCUUCUCUGCAAGAUACGUAGAGUUAGGAAUGUCUCCGUCGUCGGUCCAGGGCCUCCUGCAGGGGCAGGGCCUGAGCUCAGGAGGGUAUGUUUCCACUGGAGAUCAGCUGCAGGAGUCAGUUUACUCCAACAGGGGGCAGUAUGAGGACCCCCCCUCCUCCUCCAGACCACGGCCUGUUGGGGGCAGCACAGGAGCCCGGCUCCACCACCUGACGCAGGUUGGUUUGUCCAGUCAGAUCGGGGCUUACCCGGGGGUAGGUCGCAGCAUGUCUGGCCCCACCGGCUCGAGCUGGACCCAGCAGCAUUCAGACCAGGAACUAUCAAGACCAGGAGACAGCAGAGAGAGCGUGCUGUCGUUUCCUGAGUUCUCCUCUUCCUCUGUUUUCCAGAUGCCCAGCUCCUCAUUCCGUGACCCAUCGGCACCACCUCUCCUCCUGACCUCCCCAACUCCAGAGUAUCCGCCAGAGGACGCCUCGCCCUCCGCCCACACCUCUGCCUCGCUCAUCAAGGCUAUCAGAGAGGAGCUGCGUCGCCUGGCCCAGAAGCAAGCGGUGACCAGUUACCCUUAG